AACCUGCGACAGCUCGGGCGGCAGUUUGUUUUGGUGGAUGAAUGAGAAACUCACCGAUGAUUUUUAUAAUUUCAGGGUGAAUUAACAUGAUUCACGAGCUGUUGCUGGCGUUGAGCGGGUACCCGGGGACGAUAUUCACAUGGAACAAACGCACAGGUUUGCAGGUGUCCCAAGACCUGCCCUUCCUUCACCCCAGUGAGACCAGUGUCCUCAACCGGCUCUCUAAACUGGGCUCAGAUUACAUUCGCUUUACAGAAUUCAUAGAACAACACACUGGCCAUGUGCAUCAACAAGAACAUCACACGAACCAGCCCAACCAGACUGGACUUCAUGGAAUUUAUUUGCGGGCUUUCUGCACCGGGCUGGACUCUGUGCUGCAGCCAUACAGACAGGCCCUGCUGGACCUGGAACAAGAGUUCCUUGGAGAUCCUCAUCUGACAAUAUCUCAUGUGAAUUACAAGCUUGAUCAGUUCCAGUUGCUGUUUCCUUCUGUGAUGGUGGUGGUGGAGACUAUAAAAUCACAGAAGAUCCAUGGCUGUCAGAUCCUGGAGACGGUGUACAAGCACAGUUGUGGAGGGCUUCCUCCUGUACGCAUGGCCUUAGAAAAGAUUCUUGCUGUGUGCCAUGGUGUGAUGUACAAGCAGCUAGCAGCUUGGAUGCUGCAUGGAUUGCUGCUGGACCAAAGCGAGGAGUUUUUCAUAAAGCAGGGGCCCAGUGCAGGAGGGGCUGCUGCCAACCAGGAGGAGGAGGAGGAGGACCUGGGGCUGGGAGGUUUGAGCGGCAAACAACUCAGAGAACUACAGGACCUGAGGCUGAUCGAGGAGGAGAACAUGCUGGCUCCGUCUCUGCAGCAGUUCUCCCUGCGAACUGAGAUGCUGCCGUCUUAUAUUCCCAUCAGAGUGGCUGAGAAGAUCCUCUUUGUGGGAGAAUCUGUCCAGAUGUUUGAAAACCACAACCACAGCCCAUCCAGAGCCGGCUCCAUACUGAAGCACCAAGAGGACUUGUUUGCUGCUGAGCUGCACAGACUCAAACAGCAACCGCUUUUCAGCCUGGUGGAUUUUGAAAAUUUGAUUGAUCACAUCAGGAGCACAGUGGCGGAGCAUCUCUGGACGUUGAUGGUGGAGGAGUCAGAUCUGCUGGAACAGCUUAAGAUUAUUAAGGACUUCUACUUGCUGGGUCGUGGCGAGCUCUACCAGGUCUUUAUUGACCUUGCGCAGCACAUGCUGAAGACGCCUCCAACAGCCGUCACUGAGCACGAUGUAAAUGUGGCCUUUCAGCAGGCAGCUCAUAAGGUGCUCCUGGACGACGACAACCUCCUGCCUCUGCUGCACCUCACUGUAGACUACCAGGGCAAAGACAGCAAAGAGGCGACGGGCCCCAGAGAUGGAGCCACUCCUCCACAAGACACCUCCCCUCGUGAGGUCCCUCCCACAGGUUGGGCUGCUCUCGGCCUCACCUACAAGGUUCAGUGGCCGCUGCACAUCCUCUUCACUCCUGCUGUCUUGGAGAAGUACAACGUUGUGUUCAGGUACCUGCUGAGUGUGCGGCGGGUGCAGUCGCAGCUGCAGCACUGCUGGGCUCUGCAGAUGCAGAGGAAACACCUCAAGUCCAGCCAGACAGAUGCCGUUAAGUGGAGACUACGCAACCACAUGGCGUUCUUGAUCGACAACCUGCAGUACUACUUGCAGGUGGAUGUGCUGGAGUCUCAGUUCUCUCAGCUGCUUCAGCUGAUCAACUCCACCAGAGACUUUGAGAGCAUCAGGCUGGCCCACGACCACUUCCUCAGUAACCUGCUCGCCCAGUCCUUCAUCCUCCUGAAGCCGGUAUUCCACUGUCUAAAUGAGAUCCUUGAGCUGUGUCAAAACUUCUGCUCACUGGUCAGUCAGACUGUGGCGUCAUUGGACGAGAGGGGAACUGCUCAGCUGGAUAUCCUUGUCAAGGGCUUUAGACGCCAGUCCUCCUUACUGUUUAAAAUCCUUUCGAGCGUGAGGAACCACCAGAUAAACUCUGAUCUGGCUCAGCUGUUACUGCGACUGGACUACAACAAAUACUACACACAGGCUGGAGGCACACUGGGCAGUGUUUAAGAAGAGGAUAAGAAUUUGGACCUUCUAUGCUAAACUCCCACACUAAACAGAAGAAACUCACAUCCGUCCUGUUCUUCGCUUUUGCCUUAACCAAAUACGGUCAGUGUGGCUUGCAUGUUAAAAUGAUCUGUAAAGGAUUAGUUCAACCAAUUUAUACAAUCAUUUUCCUCCCUCACCUCUGGUGGGAUCUAGCCAUGCAAAUUUGGGUUUUCUUUGUGAUAAUCACAUCUCUGAAAAAUAACAUUU